UACCCCACGCGGCGCCACUUUCGGAAUGCGCAUGGCAGAAAGCAUGGAAAUGUAAAGGCAAACGUUAGGUUGGCGCGAAUGACAAUGUAACGAAGAAAGAGUCAGGACAAUUCGAUAUAAAGAACUUAUAUCGAGAGGUGUACCGGAAAUGGAGGUGUACCGCACCCCUAAGGGGUGGAAGGAGAGGGUUGACGUCACCAUCCUCAAGGUCAUUGAACCACACCGCUUUCUCAUUAAGGAAGCCCCUAGUGUGCACAUGUCUUACUGUGGCCAAGCGUUUCUAGAGUUGGAAGGAAAACUGAGGCAGUACAUGUCAAAGUAUGACAUACAACCUUUGGACACUGGCCCGCCAGAAAUUGGAGCUGAAAUCGUUGUCCGUAAAUCACGGGCUUCUGACUGGUACAGAGGAAAAGUCAAACGUAUUCUGGAAACCUUGGAGGGCUACAAGAUUGAGGUCUACCUGAUUGACUAUGGAGACACCUUUUACGUGGAGCAUAGAUUGUGUAAUGACAAUAUUCGUGUGGCACCCCCUCACGUGUUUGACAUUCCUGGUCAGGCUGUGGAGUUUUUUCUUCCUUACCUCAAACCUGCUAAGCUAACUCUGGACACGAUGGCAGUUGCAGUGCAUCGCCCUUCUACAACUUGGGACACUGCCGCUCUGGGCUAUGUGAAGGCUCUGGUCACAAAAGGCGGUGCAGCAGAAGUAUCUGUGUUUGGGGAAACAAAGACUGGUAGUCUGUACGGGAAACUGUCUAUCCGAUCUGGCGCCACUACUCUAUGCAUUGCUCAGAACCUUGUGGAAAAAAUGUAUGCUUUUUUAGACAAGACUUCGGAAGUAGUUGAGGACCUUGAAGCUCGAGACUCGCUAAUUUCCCCGUGCACACCAUCCAUACCAAUUGUGCCUGCAGUGCAAGUUGUGUUGCAGAAGCAAAAGAAACAUCAGCAGGAAGAGGACAUGAAAACAAUCAUUGAGCAAGCUCUUCAUGGCACAGAUAGUGGUUGCAGGGCAACAACACCGUCAUUCCGAGAGCCACUGCCGAAGAAAACUACGCCAGACAAACCACUAUUGCAACCUGCGACCGCUGCAGGCCAAGCUAAGACAGAUGCCCCUCUGCCACCCAGCAGUGCUCUUCCUUCAACAGGACGGCAUACACCCUUGCCGUCUUUCUCUAGUGAAGAGCUGCUGUUUUCUGACAUUGAAAUGUCCACCGUUGCACCCACAAAUCAAGCGCCCGUGCUACCUGGCAGGGGCCGCGCCUUAUUGCUUUUGUCAUGCGGAAAGCGCGUCGGUGAUGGUGGUGCCACUGAGCGCACUGUGCCGCGACCCGGCGAAGAAAGAACAGGCAUUCAAGUGGGUGAUCGCGGUCGUCUCCUGGACAACUUUUCUUUGUCGGGUACACACGGAUCUAGGCGCGCAAGAAGUAAGAGUCAGUUGCGUUUGGCUUCGGUCAGUUCUGCUCAGCCUGGUGUAGAAGGAGGAGGCGUUGUGUCUGUUACGUCUUCCGAGUGCAGUGGCAUAGUUCAGAAAGUUGUAAGAGAUGGCAGCCCAUCAUUGAAGCUCCAAGAUGUAGGUAUGGGAAAAGACCGUAGAAAGACCGAAGAAAGUACCAGGCAGGAAGCUCCUCAUCAAUCUGCAAGCAUGCCAAACCUUGACAAAGCACAUCGCGGUGCAACAAAAUUGGCAAGCCUGUUGCAGAAAAAACGGGUUUCGUCGAGCGAAGAAUACUUUAGUAGUGCUGUGUCCAGUAAAGUCCAGUCGUCCUUGCAUCUUCUUGGAGAACAGGGUGACAUAUGUCGUAUUCGGAGAGCGAGCCAGACUGAGGUUGCACAGGCAUCUGAAUCAGUUGAGAAGUUGAAGAAAUUGCUUAGCAAAAGCAAUAGUGAAACAUCAGUGAGGACUUUGAGUGGCUGUAGGAGGACAUCUUCAGCUUCUUCUAUGAGUUCAGCAGCACAGCCGUCCUCACAGACUUCUUCACCAGCACCGCAGGCGUCCAGGCACCUCCCGUUUGCACAGUUGGAAUCCUCCCUCACUCGGGAAGAUCCUACUUCGAGAGUGUCAGCAACCAAAUGUGUGCGUUGUCCACAAUUCUCACCGAAAAUGUGUGCUGUCCCACCUGUUUCUGCUAGUACAGAAUCCCCCGAAAAGGACAUGACUGUGGCUGAAAGGCUUCGAAUGCUGGUCGAUAACCAUAGACGCAGCCAGGUAUAUGGGUUUACGGGGUCUCAAGCAUUAAGUGUUGCAGAUGGAGGAGGGGGUGGUGGAAAGGCUGCAGCUUGCAAUGAGGAACAGAAGGAAGGUGAAGUGUCUGAACAAGAUAUCUUCAAAGAUAUUUUAAAGGGGUUUCCUGUUGAUGACUCGUCCGAGGAAGAAGACUUUGAGGCGAAGUGGGAGCUCAAGUUCACAUCCGAGGGAAACGAUCAGGAACUGGUGGACCUAAAUGUUUGCCAAGACAACGAUGACUUCAGAUGCAACAACUUCAACAAUUUCUCGGAUGUGCCCCCGGACCUGGAGCCCUACACUCAAUUCCAAGGGGAGGUCAACUUUAGCACAUGCUUUGAACCCUCCCACUGGGCUGCCCGAAUUGAGAGCAAACUUGUGCGUGCCCUGAUGCAUGGUGUAGCUCCACCACGUCCGGCUUUUACCCUGGAUCAAGCUCAUUUUCCAGAACCUUUCAUAAGGCACAUAACAUCUCUAGGCUUUAAAGGCCCUUCCUGCAUCCAAUCCGUGGUGUGGCCCGCAGUAUUGAGCGGCCGUAGUAUCGUGGAAGUGGCUGCACCCCACACCGGAAAGACGCUGUCAUACCUGCUGCCGUUGCUGUCAAGAGUCAUUUCCGAGUCUGACUACGAAGAUCUUCCCGACAGCAGUGGGCCACUGGUGCUGGUGCUGUCCUCGACAUGGAAAGGGGCACAGCGCAUCUAUGAUGAGCUGUUGCUUCUGGUUCAGGAUCAUCGCUUGUCCAAGUGUUGUGUCCUUUAUGCUGGAGGCUCGGAAGCAGGAAAGGAGGUUCAGCUUGUGAAUGGGUGUGACAUCCUUGUUGCCACACCUCUCAGCUUCCUACGAAUCCUUCGUACCUUUCAUGGCACCAUCACUAAUCUCAAGCGUUGCUGCCACCUUGUACUGGAUGAUGGAGAACGUCUCAUUGAGGAAUUUACUGAAGAAGUGGGCCACAUUCUGACGGAAUACUCCACCUGCCUUCAAGAGCGUGCUUCAGAAUGUCCCCUGAACCAGAUCAUUGUGUGUUCUACGCGGUGGACAACUGGUCUACGAUCGCUGCUGUAUCUUCUGGCGGAGCAGCAGAGCCCCCUGGUCUUUUUCUCCUCUUUCUUUGAGGCUGCUGUCUACAGUCAAGUGCCAACUUUUGCUCAUUACGUCGACCGACAGGCAAAAGAUAAGACUCUCUUAGAUCUGGUUGAAGGCUGCAGAGGCAAAAAGACAGUGAUCUGCACACACUCUCACGCAUCUGCACUCUCUGUUCACAAGCUGUUGCGCUCCAUCUCCAUCUACUCACUGCUGCUACACGACAAGCUGGUCAUGUCGCAGAUAUGGGAUGUGGAGAACACGUGGGCAUCUCCCCACACUGCUCACUCUGUGCCAUUUCUGGUUGCAAUGGACAAUGUCUUGUCAUGGGCCAACGUGCGGGAUGCUGCUGCAGUUAUCCACUACGAUGUUCCGGAAUUAUCGAAAUUCAACUUUGGCUUUCGGUUUUCGUGCCUAGUUGACCGUAUGCAAAGCUUCGAUAAAAUGAACAGUGAAGAAGCAAACAUCCGGGAGAGGCCUGUUUCCCACCUACUGUUGACCGCAGAGGACCAGGCGUUGUCGGUUCCUCUGGUGGAGUUUCUCAAGAGACUAAACUCUAAAAUACCUUCUGAAUUGCUCAUGCUCGCUGACAAAGAACUCAAGCGGCGUAUGUUGGAUGAAGACUUGCCACUUUGUCCGAAGCUGAAAGCGUUUGGUCGCUGUGAAGCCUUGGAGAUGGGGAAGCUCACACUUUGCCGUAACAGGCAUAACCUGACAGCUGCACUUGACUCUCCAUCAAGUUUUGUUCCAUCACGCGGUGAAGUGAAGAUAUUCAUCACAAAGGUUGUUGAUGUGUCUCACUUCUAUGGCCUGAUCCUUGAGCAUUGCGAGCCUUCAGAAGACGGUAGUACUUGGAAGAGAGUGGAGCACACACAGUUUUUCGAGCUUGCCAUGGAAAUGGGUCAUCACUUUUCCCAACCUCAUCAUCGGAUACAUCUUGACAACAGUGAAAGUCCUGUUGUUGGCUGUCUUUAUGCAUUGGAGACACAGGCUGAUCAUUUUCAACGUGUAAAGGUGACGCCCAUCAAGGACAGAGAGGUGGUGACAGGCGAACCGCUUCGCGUGGAAGUGUUUUAUGUUGACCAUGGACAUACAGCCACAACCGCUGCCCACUGCUUGCUUCAUCUCCCAGAACGGUUUGCUAGGGAUCCUCCUUACGCAGUGGAAGUAUACUGCUGCCGGAUCCAGCCACAGGAUCGGGACUUGGAUUGGACCUUCCAGGCAGAAUUUGCUGUUCACAAUUUGGUGAAUGAGAAGGAAGUUUAUGGAAAGGUUGCACUAUGCAUGGGCAGCACACUGUGGCUUGACCCUCUGGUUAUCUACAAGCGCCUAGGAAACGUAAGAGUCACCGUUAUCGACACACACGUUCGGAACUCGUUAAUAUCAACUGGCAUGGUCUGCGAUAAUCCCAAACAUCUCACACGACUAAGAGAAGCAGCUAAAACAGCGGGGAUUCCUGUGCCACCCUUAACAGCACGGCCGAAACGAGAGGAGGAUGAUCGCAUCGUGGAGCCUCCAGCCAGUGCUUUCCUUGACCUUACUGUCUACAAUAAGGUGUACAUGUGGAAGGUUCAUUCACCCCAUCGCUUUUACGUGCAGACUGAAAAAUUUACUUCCUGCCUUGAAAACCUGGAAAAAGACAUUUCAAAACAUGUUGCGGAAAGGAAACUUCAGCGUCCAAAAGCACUGCGACAGGGUUUGCUGUGCUUGGCACCAUUCACCAAUGAUUGCUUUUACAGAGGUCAGGUGGAAAGCAUAUCCUCCCACGGCGUUACAGUUUUCUUCCCCGACUAUGGUGAUACAGCGGAAUGCCCACAAGAAAAAGUCUACAGUGCUGAGCCCUGGAUGCUGUUGCUUCCCUUCCAAGGCAUUGAGUGUAAAUUGGCUGGUGUAGCUCCUCCGGAAGGAGAGUGGCAGCCUGAAGCAGCAGAUGCACUCGAGGACAUGGGUUUCACAGUGACAAACAUCAGUAAAAUGCUUUGUGCAAUGGUCGUAAACCACGCCAGGAGUAGCCGUCCAGGUGUGAGGUGCUAUGAAAUAAUCCUGUAUGAUACCGCGGAGGGACACGACAUCGACUUGGGAAUGGAGUUGAUCAGGAAAGGCCUAGCUCUGGCAACAGAGAUUUCGGUGCCAGAUAUGAACCUCUCAAACACUGCUACCAUGGUACCAUCUCCGUGGAUGACGGCAGCCUCAGCAAGCCGGAGAUCUUGCAGCUCCUCAGACAGUGACGACUUCAAUCUGGUGGACGAGGACUGUGCAGAGGCCUUGACCAGACAUAUGGACAGUGUGUAUGGGGAAAUGCGAGACGCCAUCCUAAAGCAGCAUGCAGCAAUCCCAAACAGUCUAGAUUCUGCUGCUGCUAGGCCACCACCACAGCCACAGAAUAACUUCAAGGGGAAGGAUUGGGAAACCCUUGAGGCAUUUGCCAUGCGGCCGCCUUCCUUAGAGUCAUGCUGCAUGUCUCUGAAUAGCACCCAGCCCAACAUAAAGUGGUGGCAAGACAAGGAACAUGUCUACAUGGAUAUUCUCAUAACAAGGGUAAAAACUUUUGACUUUGUGGUCAAGAGUCAUCGUGUGAGGUUCAGGACUGAAGUAAAUGGGUGCAUAUACGAAGUGGAUGAAGGCCUUCAUGCCAACGUGGUAGCAAAUGCCUGCAGUGCAGAAGCGAGACCAGACUCUGUCAGGGUGACACUUAGGAAGUCCAAUCCCGACAUAGAGUGGCAAGACCUUACGAAUCGUGGCUACAGGGUCCGUCAUGUCCGAUAUGACCUCAAUCACCUUGUGGACAGUGAUGAGGAAGCCAGGGAUAAGAACCGUAACCCUUACCCUCCAGGUUACGUGAGGUCGACAAAGGUCCUGCAUUACGAUCCUGUAGCGCAUGAAGAUGAUAUACUGGAGACAGAACGUCGGCACGAACACAUCCAUGCUCCCUUGGAGGACCUUUACAAUGACCUGGAUCCCCAUGACCUUUUUACAUGAAGGAAAUGUAAAAAGAGGAGCCUUUGUGAUAUAACUCUUUACUUUAUGUACUCAGUUCUUUUUAUAUGCAACCAAUUUCACUGAGUCCAGGGUGAAAGGCAUUUCACACUCAAUUCAGUUCAGUUAAUAUAGGGUAAGACAUAAUUAUUGUAUAGUGAAACGAUUUCUCGUUUCGUAUAGUAUUCUUGAACUUUGCUUGCCUUGGUUGCAAACUCUCUGUUGAUGUUCCUGCGCCAUUUGUGCUACCCCUUUAUUGUGUUACUUCAUACAGCAUUCCUGUACCAUUAUUGUUUGGAAGUUGUGCAUUGUGAAUUACAUGUUGUUUGACACGAAACAACUUUAUAAAAAAAUGUAGCAGAAACCUUCUUGCUUCAAAAUUUAGGUUGCUCCAAAUGAGGAAAUAAAUAUUGGUACUGCAUGUUUCCA